UCGAUAAUGUAGGCCUACUGUUGAUAAAUAACGUAGGGCUACUGUAGAUUGAUAAUGUAGGGCUACUGUAGAUUAAUAAUGUAGGGCUACUGUAGAUUAAAAGGUAGGGCUACUGUAGAUUGAUAAUGUAAGGUUACCGUAGAUUGAUAAUGUAGGGCUACUGUAGAUGAAUAAUGUAGAGCUACUGUAGAUUGAAGUUGUUAGCUGUCUAGGUAGCUUCAGAUAUAUUAUCUCCCAGUACAAACCCGGUGUCCUUGUUCCCCUCCUCAGAUCAACGAGAGGACUGAGUCUCUGAACCGCUCUCUGCAGAAAAGUAACAGCAUCAAGAAGAGCCAGCCUCCCAUCCCCAUCUCUAAGAUCGACAACAGGCUGGAACAGUACACUCAUGCCAUAGAGACGUCCUCUAUGGAAGCCAAGGCAGCCAGGCAGCAGGCUCUGACGGACCUGCCCAGCCCCACUGAGCCUGUGGCCUCCAAGAAGAAUCUGUUUGAGGCCGGGGAAGCUUGGAGCCAGCCGCCCAGGGAAACACCAUCCAAGGAUACAGAGGGUCUGAAUGUAGGAGUGGCCGACCUCAUCCACCAAUGGGUGAAAGGGAACCCAGACGGAAGCUGUAAAAGCCCCUCCAAGCCAGCAGAGGUGAAGGCCGGUGAUGUUCUGAGCAAGAAGAACCUCUGGGAGAAUCUAGGAGACUCUUCCCCUUCUGGGAGAGCUGGGAAGGGAGCCUCCUCUGGUAAAAAGUACAAAUUUGUGAUGAUGGCUCACGGCAAGUAUGAGAAGGUUGCCGUCGGUGAUGAUGAUUACAACGAGCACACAAACGGGAAAUCAACUGGACAAUGCCUUGAGGAAUUGUGAAGAACAGACGUUGGACUGUGAUUAUUUCGACGAUCACUUCACAUCAUAUUUAUCAUCCAUUUCAUUUAGCCGACAUAUUCCUCUUAAAAACUAUGUUUAGAUCAACAUGUCUGAAGCAUAUGUAGUAUGUUAUGUGU